AUGAAGAUGGUCGCAACGGCCGUACUGCUGACCCUCUGGGCCAGCGCUGUCUCUUCAGCAUUUCCACUCGAACAGCAGCACCCCUUGGCCGAUCUUAGCACCGAUCCCAGCGCCCCUGUCGUCUCCAAUGAUGUAUCCAACUUUCCUGCAGUGGCCGUGACCUCGAGUCCUCACGGUCGCUUCUUGCAUAUUACCGAUUUCCACCCCGACCGAUACUACAAAGCGGGCACCCUGCUCGAUGUGAAAGGCGGGACAUGCCAUCGCGGCAAGGGGUCAGCAGGAUACUUUGGCGCGGAAGGCUCAGAUUGCGACUCUCCAUUGUCUCUGGUCAAUGAAACGUUUCGGUGGAUUGAGGAAAACUUGAAGGACAAGAUUGACUUCGUCAUCUGGACCGGGGACUCGGUCCGCCAUGACAACGAUGAAAAACGCCCACGAACGGCAAACGAGAUCGUGGAACUCAACCAAUUCAUGGCCCAGAAAUGGGUGGACCUAUUUGAAGUCAGCGAUCGCACCGAAAGUCCUGCCGCCAUCCCCCGGCUGUCGAUACCGGUCAUUCCCACCUUUGGCAACAACGACAUCCUGCCCCAUAAUAUUUUCCGAGAGGGUCCCAAUACGUGGACGAAGAAGUUUGCCGAAAUCUGGCGCCAUUUCAUUCCGGAAGAUCAACGCCACACGUUCGUCGAGGGCGGAUGGUUCACGACCGAGGUGAUUCCCGGCAAAUUGGCCGUCAUCAGUUUAAACACCAUGUACUUCUUCGAGUCCAACAGCGCGGUGGAUGGGUGCAGUGUCAAGUCCGAGCCCGGGUACGAGCACCUGGAGUGGCUGCGGGUUCAGCUGCAAUUGUUACGAAGCCGUGGCAUGAAGGCGAUCCUGAUGGGCCAUGUCGCACCCGCUCGGUCGAAAGAGAAGAAGAACUGGGAUGAAAGCUGCUGGCAGAAGUAUACGCUGUGGAUGGAUCGGUACCGUGAUGUCGUCGUGACCGGUCUCUACGGCCACAUGAACAUCGACCAUUUUAUCCUGCAAGACAGUCACAAGGUUGACAUUGACACUGUUCUGGAGAAGCCCGCAAGUGACGCGAUAACGACGCUGUCGAAAGAGGACUAUCUCGUCUCGCUUCGCAAGCAAUGGUCCUCGCUCCCGUCCCCUCCUUCCGGUCUUUUUGAAAAGCUGCUCAGUUCGUCCGAGUCUUUCGAAUUUGACUCGACCAAAAAGAAGAGCAAGAAGGAGAAGAAGAAGGAGAAAAAGGAGAGGAAGUACUUGAAGAAGAUUGGCGGUCCAUUUGCCGAGCGAUACAGCCUUUCGCUGGUGUCACCGAGUUUGGUGCCGAACUAUUUCCCCACUUUGCGGGUGAUUGAAUACAAUAUCACUGGGCUGGAGGCCUUGACGGUCCACGCCGAUCCCAACUAUGGUGAUGAUCAAGAUUCUUCCGAUUCGUCUAUGGUUGGAGCACCUGUGCACGAGGCUCAAACUUCCGAGGUCGAGAUCGAGAAGAAGAAGAAGAAGAAGAAGAAGGGCAAGGACAACAAGCCACCAAGCUUCAAGAUACCUGAUCCUCCGUCCUCCACGGCACCUCCGGGCCCUGCAUACUCCAAUCAACCAUUCACCCUACUUUCCUACACCCAAUAUUUUGCAAACCUCACUCGAAUCAACGAUGAGGCUACCUCCCAGGGCAACAAGGCCCCCAAGUUCGACUUUGAAGUCGAGUAUUCCACCAAUGACGACGGCGUGUGCCAGAUGACGGACCUGACGGUCCGUAGUUUCUUGGAGCUUGCCAUUCGAAUCGGUGAAGAUGGAGCAGCCGCAACGGAGAUGGCCCUCUCCCCCGAUCCUUCGGUCACGAAAAAGAAAAAGGUGAACGAAGCCUGGCGCACGUUCCUCAUGCGAGCAUUUACUGGUUUUGUUGAUGUGGAUGAUCUAGAUUUGAGCGCAUACAGUCUUUGA